AUGAAAGAAACAUUUCAGGUUCCUUGUAGGAGUGUUGUUUCGGAGUAUUUAGCUACAGUGAACAACAACACAUUUGAAGGAUUCGUGAAAGAAUACUGCACUAAUUUAUUGGAUGAAAUGCUGUCGUCUCAAAGGAAUGCACGUCAACUAGCCAGGAUGAACCAUUAUCAAAAGGAUCUUCUCAUGGAACAAGUCUUCACGUGUGGACAAUUGGGUUUCGUUGAGAUAUGCUCAUUGCAUAUUUUGGUAGCCGUACUCAGUUGGCAAGAUUCUGAAUCAGGAUGCUACAUGAAGGAACCAUUGGAAACGCAGUUGCGAUUGAACAAUCAGCCAUCAAUGAUUCCACCAAAUGCGCACAACAGUUUCACAUCAAGAAAGAUUCUGAGUGACGUUAUUCACGAUGGCCCUUGGCCAGAGUACUUCUUGGCCGAUCAGCCAGUGGUGGUUCAGAAUAUUGCUGCAGAAGAUCGAUUCCACGAGUAUAAAUAUGCGCGUUGGGUACGCGACUCAUUACCAAUGCAAAUACAUCGUUCAAGACCACCGCAACUUGGAUGGUCUCUGGAUUUAUUGGCGUAUUUGUCGUUAAUUCUUCUCAUCUGUUCCAUUUCGUUCAUCUCACAGUUCGUUUGCAAGCGACGAGUUAAACAAAUUUAUCAUUUUGCCUAUAAAAAUUUAUGA